AUGGAGAAAGCUCAAGCCCAAAUUCUGGUAAACAUCCACGAAGAGAUUACAAAAGGUACUUUCACUGACAUACAAAUUAUAUGUAAAGACGGAACAACGACCGAAAACCGUAUUGUCCUUGCGGCGAUGUCUUCGUAUUUCCGGGCCAUGUUCAGUUCUGAUAUGUCAGAGAGUCAGACGGGCGUCUUGAACCUUCCCACAGUGUCGUUAUCAGUGUUCGAAGACAUAACCAAAAUGUGUUUGUGUGGAAUCAAUCUAGUGAGUGAAGACAACUAUAUGGAGGUAAUAGAUGCUGCUGCGAUGAUGCAGCUUGACAACAUCAAACAGCUCUGUGUACUACACCUGAAGGAAGGACUGACUCUAACUGAUAAAAACUGUCUGGGUUGGUGGAGACUUCUGAAAAUGUACAAUUAA